UAAAAAGCAAUAUUUGGCAAAGCGUCGAAGCAAAAAUCGUGUGCACAGAAGCGUGCAAUGGAUGAUGUUCCAAACUUUCGAUAGGAAGUUUUUCCAGAAAAACACAACGUUGGGAAACACUGGUCGGAAGGAAACAUUAGCAAGUAGGAAUGUGUGGUUCCAAAGGCACCUUUCUCUCGGCCUCGCUCGAACACACCACGCUGCUCCGUGGCCAACUAAGCGCAAUAAAACAUAAUAACGCCAGGCCCCUAUAGAUCUCACGCGUUCGUUCGUCUCUCGGCGAUUUUCGUUGAUGAUCUUCGCGACGCGAAGAGAGUGUCUUAAAUUAUCCGAUGAAAGGGUGGGGAAGUAUCGUUCAUAUCGAGGACAAUAAAUAUCAUUUAUCGAGGCAAUUGCCGAUAGACUCGCGGCGCCGCAUGCGCGUGUUCGGGUUUUUUCCCCCGAGCUGUCCUCCGCGUCAAGAAUCAGAAAUCUCGAUCGCGUGCUCCCGUUUCGACGACCGCGAAAUAAUUCGAGCGCUUUCGUUUCGGUGGAAACGUCCCGGAAGUUUCGUGUCGCGAGUGGAACAUUUGAAUACCGGCUUAUCAAUGCUUCGCGCGAAGAUAAAGGUUAAUUAUUGAGCGAUAAUGACCGAAAAAUGUGAAAAAAAAUGUAACGUGACUUAUGAAAACAGUUGUAACGUGUAACAUUUGUUGUUGUUUCGCGAAGAAGCAUUUAGACGUAGUUGCCUGUUCAAUUAGGGUACCAUAUUGGAUGCUUUGUGUCCAUGGAUGCUCUGUUGCAAUGGUGAACAUGGAAACUCGUCGUCGAGCUGAAAAUAGUGCUCCGUUGGUCAGGAACGCGCAAGAAUCGAGCCUGAUGUCCAUAUGGUCGACAAGCACUGGACGCAAUUCAGUGUUUGGCGCGGAAGGCGGAGCGGUAUUCCCCUCCACUCGGUUACCGAUCCACGUACACGUGGCGCGCACACAUCUGCGCAACGCUGACGGCCACUGCUUCCACAAGCGAUUCCACGAUUGUCAGUCGAAGAUGUCGCAGUCGGGAGAUGGCCUUCACACGCCGGGUUAUCUCUCUUGGAGAAAACUACAGCUCAGCCGAGCGAAACUCAAAGCGUCGAGCAAGACGUCUGCUCUACUUUCCGGCUUCGCCAUGGUCGCCAUGGUGGAGGUGCAGUUGAACUCCGACACGAAGGUCCCGCCUGAGAUGCUAAUCGCGUUCGCCGUGUGCACGACGCUGCUGGUGGCGGUCCACAUGCUGGCCCUGAUGAUAUCCACGUGCAUCCUGCCAAACAUAGAGGCCGUUUGUAAUCUUCACAGCAUCAGUCUGGUGCACGAGUCGCCGCACGAACGUUUACAUUGGUACAUUGAGGUGGCGUGGGCGUUCUCCACGUUGCUGGGACUGUUAUUGUUUCUGUUUGAAAUCGCCAUACUCUGUUGGGUGAAAUUCUACGAUUUCUCCCAAGUGGCUGCGUGGUCAGCGUGCAUCGUAUUGAUACCGGUGUUGAUAAUUUUCCUCGCAUUCGCGAUACACUUUUACCGGAGCCUGGUCGCUCACAAGUACGAGGUCACGGUGUCCGGUAUAAGGGAACUAGAGUUACUUAAAGAGCAGAUAGAGUCGACGGACGUCGAGGGCAGAAACGGGGUGAAUCUGUUACAGACCGGUGUGACGCACGUGGUCUGAACGGGUCGCGAUGCAUAUUGUAACGCGUUUCACCCUUAAAAUGUGAUAACCUCUCGUGGAGGAACCAGAGGAGGGCAGAGAAUCUCCGAUUGCGCGAAGAGUUGCGCGUAUCGAAGCAACCGAAAGACAAAUUUGCUCCGAAACUACGUACCGAACACGACUGUCUUACGUAUACAGGGUUACGCAAAUUUGUACCAACUUGGAGAAAUAUGGCCCGCUGGAUGUUAUCCCUCUUCGUGUUAACCAGUUUUUAACAUAUGCACGUCAUAAACAGCGUCGUUUAAAGUACUAAAGUGUUCAAUUCAAAUAAUCUCAGUCCUACUUACCAUGCGACGAGACUGCGUGAUCCACAAAAGAGGAGGAGUUGGCCAUAUUCCCCUAACUUGAUAUGAAUUCCUGUAACCGGAUAUAUGUAUGUUACUUCUAAUGUCCCUGCAACACAAAAAGAAAGACUUCGUCUAUAUCUUUUUUUCUCGCAACAUUGGAACUCGCUUUGCGUGCAAUUUUAAGACGGAACACCCGUUCCUUUUUACAAGCAAUGUAAUUCCUAUUAUUAUUCCCCGGUUAUCGAAGAGCCCAACGUUCGACGGAAAGCUCAAAAACAUUCCCUUUUUUUCGCGUAGCGACUUAAAUGUAACGGUUAAACGAUACGCAGUAGGUGUGUAUUAUUAAUUUGCAGCAGUAUCGCGUGCAAAACGGCUCGAGGAGCUCGUGAAUGGAAGUUUGUUGUUCGUCGAGUAUGCGUGACUGAACCGCGUUGAGUGUGUACUUAUCUCUUUUGAAAACGUGCCUAUUUCGCGUGGCAUUAUUCCGCGAUUUCUUUAGUUUCGUUCGUUUUAUUCACUGUUUCACGUAACAGCCUUACGCUCAAACGACUUUUUCAAACUCUUUGUACGGAGGCAAGCAAACGAUUUGGCUGUUACGUUUAUUCUGUUGGCGUUGCGCAACAGUUUUUAUGGUUACAUUGUCUCUCUUGCGUUUGUGCUUGGUAAAUAUACUGCCGUCAUUAAGAAAAGGAAAUGGAAACGAAUCCACAAGAUGCGGCAAUUUAAUUGUACAUAAUUUGUAUUAAAUGCAGUCGGACGGUUCAUACGUACACAACGUUAAUAUAUAAAUAUAUAAUAGCGGCGCUUUUGCCAGAAUAAAUUAUACGAGUAAUGUUAAUUCAGCUUGUGUAUUAUCUCUCGUGUUAUUACGUCCUGUUGUAAAGGAAAGAAGUCGCGAAAGGUACAUUUAUUUACAAAAUAGAAUCCAGACAAGUACACGUGUUUACCGACACGCAUACGUUUGCGAUUAUACGUUUCGGUGGCUUCUUGCAAACAGGUUCGUAGUAAACGGGUUCCGUAUCUUCGUUGUCGUCGAUGUCUUCGUUUGCGUCGUCAUCCUCGGCCAGUUCGUUCUUCCAAUCGAAAACGCAAAAAAUAUGUACUCUGAACAUACGAACAGUUACGAAGAUUUUACUGUAUUG